AUGCAACUGCAAUCACUACAAUCUAAUUAAAUCCCCUAGCUCUCUUAGUCCACACCUCAAACCAAUUUAGACUAAAAUCAUAAGAGUUCUUCGUAAAGAUCUCCACACACUAACCGCUAGAAUAAGCUAUCUCCAAAAGGACAAGAGAAUUCAUAGAGAAAUAAGAUGCCAAAUCAUGUGGCUAGCAAAUAUAGUAUUCUCGAUAGAGAAGAAAGAGAUCUUAUUAAUCAAGCAGCCAAUCUAAGCAAAGAGGAAAUAUGGGAGCGACUUGAAUAAAAGCGCUUCAAUUAACUUAAGAAGGCUGCUGUCAAUCUACAAGGUGACAUGAUUUUCAACCAGAGAUGCCCUAAAUGCACUCUCUAACCCCCUUGCAAGCAUUACCAAUCAUCAGAGCAAAUAAUAUAAGAAGGGACUCAUUUAAUUCAGCAGUAGUAAUUCAGGCAGCAUCUCUCGCCUAAAAAACGAGAGGUCAUUCUCAAAACUCUUAGAGACCAGCAAAGAGCAAACUAAAUGCUUUUGCAAAACAGCCAGGAGGUGAUUAUGAAUCAAGUAAAUUAAAGCUAAAUAUCUACUCAUUCUAAAUAAACCUUGCAGAUGAAUGAAAAUGAUCCACAUAUGUCAAGCUUCAAUAACUAAUAACAAGAAUCACCUGAUGCCACUGGAGCAUUCAUGACAAGUCUGGAUGGCACUCAGCCAGACCAGAUGAAAGAUGCUUAAGGAUCGCACAAUCAGUAAGACCUUCAGAGUAUGGUGCGACAGAGCUUAGUAGAUCCCACCACUAAUAGAAAAAUAAAUCGUAAUCAUUUCAAUAACACUGUUACAGGUGCUUAAGGCGCAGCAGCAUUUAGGCAUUCAAGUGAGCAGAAAUAUGAUAGCUAUAUCAAGUAAAGCAACCUUUCACAAUAUGGAGCUAAUGUCAUGAACUAAAAUCAGUAAAAGAGAUAAUUCCUAAGGAAGAGAUAGGGCAAUGGUGGCAGUCCCACAGAUCAAUCAUUUGUCAAUGAGAGUAGGAUCGGAAUGGAAGGGCCACUAAUCCCAAAGAAUUAAUUAGAAAUGCAUUAAAAUAACAGAGACAGAACGACUGUAAGAAUUAGAACUAAGAAUAAUCAAUAUCUAAUUAAUGAAGCUUCUUUUACCUAGCCUUUGUAUUCAGCCAAGAAUAAUCAAUAGUCCUUUAUGGAAAACUCCUAAUAAUCGCUUUAUGAAAGAGAGAGACUGUAAGCAGUCAUUGCUAAGUAUAAAGAAGACAAAAUUUAAAGGUAGAUUGAAAGAAUCGAGUAAGAGAGAAUGCAACUAGAACUUGAGAAGAAAUAUCAAAAGGAUUAAGAUAUUAAGAGAAGGUAGUACAUUGAAAAGCAGAAGUAGAAGCUGUAAGAAUAUCAGGAAGUGAAAAUGCAGCAAGAACAGGAGAAGAGCGAAUAUGAGAAAAUGGAAAGGAUGAGAUGGGAGUAAAGGGAGAGACUGAGAAGAGACUAUUUUGAAUCAUAGAAGAAAUAUAUAGUUGACUAUAGAGUUCAGAAGAGAAAGACUGAUGAACUCCUUAUGAUUCCAAGUCAGUAUCAAUCUAAGAAUUCUCAUUAUAACGCUUCAUAAGUCUAUUAUCAGCCUCUGACUAAUAAUGGAGGAAUAAUGACAAAAGCAGGAUAGUAAUUUAUCAGUAGUGGUCCACAGAAAUUGAAUAACCCCAAAAUCAAAAUUGGACCUGAUGGGCAGCCAUAUGAUGAUGAGGAUGAAUACUAUGGUGAAGUUUAUCCCUAGGUAUAAGGAGGCAAUCUAUUGGAUGCUUCAAAGCGAUAGAAUAACAAUUCUACGGGCAUUAUAGGACAAUAUGACAAACUGCCAUAAAAUUAAGAAAAUUAAGCAAACUUAUAAGUAGGUGGAGAUCCCAGCGGAGAUAAUACUUUGAAUGAGGGAUAAGAUGAAUAGAAGCCUUUGAUGAGUUCCAAAAAGGACUCUUUAGAUUUAAUAGGAGGCUAGAUAUUGCAGUGA